AUGAGUUCAAGUUCACCAGAAAUCAAGAUGCUGAGAAGCGAACUAUCGAAGAUUCCAAUAGGUUAUGGUUUGAUGUCUUUCACGUGGAGAGCUGAGCCCAUUCCACAAGAGCAAGCAUUCCCAGCUUUGAAAAGAGGCGUGGAGAUGGCAGUUAAGAACGGGCACAAAGCGUUUUUCAACGUUGGUGAGUUCUACGGUCCCGAUUGGUCGAAUUUAAAGCUGGUAAGAGCCUUUUUCGAGAAAUAUCCAGCUUUGAGAGAGAGCGUUAUCAUCAGCUGUAAAGGUGGAAUGAACAAUCAGACUCUGUCGCCAAAGGGUCGGUAUGACGAUGUUGUCAGCAGCGUGGAAAAAUGUGUAUCAGAGAUUGGUGGUCCAAUUGAUUUGUUUGAAGUGGCCAGAUUGGACAAAAGCAUCUGCACAGGUGGUGCGGUUUACCCAUACGAAUCGUUCAAAGCCCUGGCAGCAAUGGUGGAGAACGGUGCCAUUGGCGGUAUCUCUCUAAGUGAAGUGACAGCGGAGGAAAUUCGCGCCAUAGCCAAGGACUGGCACAAUUACUUGGUGGCCGUUGAGAUUGAAUUGUCGAUGUUUAGUCCUCAGGUUCUAACAAAUGGCGUUGCAAAGACUAAUAGCGAUUUUGGUUUGGUUACUGUUGCAUAUUCCCCAUUAGGGAGGGGAUUGCUGACUGGGCAGGUGAAGAGUACUAGCGAUAUACCCAAAGGUGAUUUUAGAUCUUUAUUGGUGAGAUUUUCUGACGACAGUCUUAAAAAAAACCUGGUUCUCGUCGAGUUCUUGAAGGAGGAAAUUGUUGCUAAGCGUCCGGCUGAUAAUCCAAUUACCUUGGUGGAAGUUUCUUUGGGCUGGGUUAGACAUUGGAAUUCACGGAGUGAGUAUGCCAAUACUCAUUUCCUGCCAAUUCCAAGCGGUUCAAGUGUUUCAAAAGUUGAGGAGAACAUGAAUGAAGUCAAAACCGUUAUCACAAAGGCAGAAUUUCAAAAGAUUACCGACUUCUUGAAAAAUUUUGAAACCACCGGUGAUCGCUAUGAAGUGGCGCAUUGA